UCCUAUCUAGGAAUCUCGGACAUUUCCGAUUCGCUUACUGGCUGUGGCAUUAAUCAGCCUCUGACGCGAUCAAGUAGGCAGCAGUUGGUUCUUUUGAACAAGUCCGUAAUCGAACACGCUCCUACCGCGGCUUCGAGUAAUGGGAGAUGUUCCUUUUUAGAUUGAAUAUUGUGAAAAUGGACGUGCAGCCGCCUCCUAUCCGAACCUUGGAUGAUUUUGUUUUGGAUUCGUCUCGGUUCGCCGUGCGAGACAUUCCUCAUCUGGAGAGAUGGAACAAUCGGAUCAUAAAUAACUUGCUCUAUUACCAGUCCAACUAUUUCGUCUCGUUUUUGACAUUCCUGGGAAUAGUAGGGUUUUUGCGGCCCUUCCACCUCUUCUUGGGGGCCACAGUGGUGACGUUGAUAUUUAUGGGGUUUGUGUGGGCAGCAGAGAACCAGGCCCCCAUCAGACAGUUGCGCCGGAACCACCCAUCCCUGGCCCUGGGUGCCAUCCUGGGGGCAAGCUUCCUCUUCAUCACAGUGCUCGGAGGAGUAUCCGUCUUCCUCUUCGGCAUAGCCUUCCCCAUCUUAUUGAUACUGAUUCAUGCCUCUGUUAGGCUGAGGACCAUCAAGAACAAGUUGGAGAACAAGCUGGAGAACAUUGGGCUGAAGAGAACACCCAUGGGGCUCCUACUGGAGUCACUAGGACAGGAACAGGAGGCUGGGUCCUAGAAGGGGAGGAGAGGAAGAGGUAGAGAGAUGCCUGGUUCUAUUUCAAUCUUUUGCACCUAGCCCUAUUCCCAGAUCGGAAAGGACUGGAUAAAUGUUAUCAAUAUGUUGAGCUAAGUUCCUUCACAUAUCCUGUCCUGAUAUGUAUUCACAGUGGUAAAGGAUAGAGACCAAAAUGGAACGAGUCCUCUCAGACUAAGAGUGGGAGACAGAGGGAGGUGGUGAGGGAGGGAGGCUGAGGAAAGUAGAGGAAGAGAGGAGGGAAGUACAGUAAAGCAGUGGUGAAAUUAUGAUGAUGUCAAAGUGUCACGAAUGUGGUGUUACAGAUUGCAAAUUCUAUGGACUCUGCAGCCUUUUUAAAGCACACACUAACUGUCGUGGGUUCUUUCCCCCACAAGUCAUGUUGCACACUUUGACAAGCUCCUUAUUAGAAUUUGCAUUUUAAGCUGACAUUAUGUGAGCUAAAAUACUGCGCUGAGAAGCAACUGUGUCCUAACAGACAUGCAGUGUGGAGAGUGCUACAAUAAGAUGGUUUUUAAAAUGCAAUUUAAACGCUAGCGUUAUGGUUACAAUUUUAUUUUACAUGGAAACCUGAAGGUGUUUGAUGAGCCACUACUCUAACUCCUGAACACACUACUUUUUGUGUUAUUGUCUAUUCUCUACUGCUGUUGGGUUUUACCAUUUGAUGCAGUUGAACGUUUCAAUGAGUUAGGAUAGAUCAAGGACAAUUGUGGAACAACUGUAUGCUUUUAAUAGAAAUACAAUUAAUUCUACUUCUAUGAUGCUAUGAUUCCAAUCAUUUUUAAAAGGAUUAUGUAUAUGUCUCUGUCCAAGCAUUAUGUGUUGCCAAGAACAUUAAUGUCAGUUUGUCUUCUUUGUGUAAAAUGUUAUUCCAUUGAGAAUGUUGUAUUUCUUUUUAGCAGUGCCUUCUAUGGAUUUAUAAUAUUGUGGUUAUGGUUUUUUUCUCCAAUGCUGUCAAAAUGUAUUUACACUUCAUUUAAUACAUAUGCAAUAUCUUGUCAUGA